UUCUCCCCACAAAAAACUUUUUCCCGCUCUCUAAAGCUCUGCAAUCAAUGGCUCCCAAAUCGGAUAGCGCUGAAGGAAUCGUGCUCAACUUCGUGAAUGAGCACAAUAAGCCUUUGAAUUCACAAAAUGUGGCUGAUUCGUUGCAAAAGUUUAAUCUCAAAAAAGCUGCGGUACAAAAAGCGUUGGAUAGCCUUGCGGAUAGCGGCAAAAUAUCAUUCAAAGAGUACGGCAAGCAGAAAAUAUACCUGGCUAGGCAAGACCAGUUCGACAUACCUAAUAAUGAAGAGCUCAAUCAGAUGAAAGAAGAAAAUGCGAAGCUCCAAGAACAGCUUGCUGAAGGAAAGAAAGCUAUUGCUGAGGUUGAAGGAGAGAUUAAGGCACUGCAGACAAAUUUGACGCUGGAGGAGAUUCAUGCGAGGCAAAUCCAAUUAGGAGAUGAGGUGAACCAAAUGGAGGAAAGAUUGAUUAAGUUGAGGCAAGGAGUAACUCUGGUGACCCCAGAAGAGCGACAGGCUGUGGAGAAGAUAUAUACGAACAUGAUAAAUCAGUGGAGAAGACGCAAGAGAAUGUUCAAAGAUGUAUGGGAUGCUAUAACUGAGAACUCACCCAAGAAUCCAAAAGAAUUCAAGGAGGAACUCGGUGUGGAGUACGACGAAGAUGUUGGUGUAAGCUUGCAAUCGUUUGGUGAACUAGUGCAGACCGGUAGGAAGCGAACCAGAUGCAACUAGCCUUUUCUGUCAGGUUAUAAUGGUAAAUAUGGUACAAGAUCUCGUAUCUUGUCUUAAAGUAAUUUUUAGUUAUACGUUUAAGGUGGUGAAAUAUUUUAAGACGUGAGACUCGAAGCUUUCCAGUGUUGGCUUCUUUUUUACUCGUAUUGUUUCAAUAUCAAUAUGGCGUCCUAUACAUCUUAAAAAAAAAGUCUACCUUUCACGUUC